AUGCAGAAACCUAGAUACUGUGACUACCGUCGACCAGCCACAGAUUACGUAGGAGAUGCAGAAGUAGGCACAGGAGAGGAAUACACAUUUACGCUGGUCUACUGGCACAUCCUGGCCGCCAGGCUUGCUUUCAUUGUCGUGUUUGAGAACUUGAUUGUAUUGGCAACCUGGUUGGUGAUGUACCUCAUCCCAGACAUGCCAGGAUCUGUGAAGCUCCAGAUGCUGAGAGAAAAUUUCUUGGCCAAGGAAGCACUUUAUACAGCGGAGACAGUAAUGAAGGCAAGACGUGGCGAUGAUAAUGCCACAAACGCCACCAGUACGCAAUUCUGAUGACAGCUACAAGAUUUAUCUCCUAGAAAAAUGAUAACUGGAAAAAAGGUCUGAUACAGAGGAGGAGUAUUUACCCAUUUACUGACAUCAAUCAACAAACUCUAUCAUUGUGUGUUUCAGAGUUCUGUUUAUCAGAAAGCACAGGAAACAAAUAUUUGAUUUUGCAGAAUUUUCUGGAGACAAUUUGUAUCUUACUGUAUAUAAUUCAAAGACAAUGGUUAACUUGUGAUUUUUAGAAUAAUCUGUGGUUAUCAUAAAUACACAUUUUUCAUAUUUUUUUGCCAAAAUCUCAACCUGACGACAAAUUAUACAUUUAAGUGUUUUUCUACGCAGCCUGAAAGGGAUAUUUUUUUGCUUGAAAUACGUUUACGACAGAUCAUGUAACUUUCUUUUUAGCUUCAGUGUAGCUAUAAUCCAUUAUAACCCAGUACUUUCAGGUUGUAGAUAUAUUAUUAAGUAUUAAAACCAAAGUCUUGUGAUUAGACAUUUGAUUUAAAACAAACAUUGAAUCUUUUGUUGUGAAAUUUUUAUAGACAUACAUGUAUAUACUCGUUAUUAUUGAAAACGGUUAGAAAUAGUUUGUUCCUUUAAAUCUAAAUACAUUUAUUUUCUCUAAAUAUAUUAU